AUGAUUAAAGCAAUCCAAGAGCUAUUCCCUCCGAAGACUAAGAAAGAGGUUAUGAGUUUCUUGGAAAGAUUGAAUUACAUUGGACAGUUCAUAGCUCAGUCCACCAUCAUUGUAGAGCCCAUACUCAAUCUCCUAAAGAAGGAAGCACCCACAAAAUGUACUGAGGAGUGUAAGAAAGCCUUCGACACCAUCAAGAAGAAUUUGUCCAAUCCACCAGUUUUGGUACCUCCCAAACCUGGGAGCCCACUUUUGCUAUACCUAUUAGUAUCCGAGAACGCCUUUGGGUGUGUGCUAGGACAACACGAUCAGACAGGCAAAAAGGAGCGUGCAAUCUCCUACUUAAGUAAGAAAUUCACUGUCUGUGAGGCAAGCAUCCUGAAAAGCAGUCAUAUUGACCCGCUAAAAAUAAGUCUGAGAGAAGAGCACGACUACUGUUCCCAUGUGGAAGCGGAGCUAGAUGACAAACCAUGGUACACUGACAUCAAGAUGUAUUUGGAGAAGGGAGAGUACCCCAAAGGCACCACGAGCAAUCAAAGGAAGACCAUCAGAAGAAUGGCCAAUGGUUUCUUCCUCUACAAGGAAAUACUUUACAAACGGAUGCCGGAUCUAGGUCUGCUCCAAUGUGUGGACGCUGCUGAAGCCACGAAUCUCUUGGAAAAGGUACAUGCUGGGACCUAUGGACCCCAUAUGAACGGUUUCGUACUAGCCAAGAAAAUCCUUCGAGCAUGUUAUUACUGGAUGACAAUGGAAAGUGACUACUGCAAAUUUGUGCAAAGAUGCCAUCAGUGUCAGAUUGACGGAUAUCUCACAAGGUCUCACCAAGUUAACUCAACAUCAUGA